AUGGAUCUUGAUUUGUCACCCAAGUUGGCCAAGAAGGUGUACAGCGGAGACGGCGGCGCGUACUAUGCAUGGUGCCCAAAUGAACUGCCGAUGCUACGUGAAGGCAAUAUAGGCGCUGCAAAACUUGAUCUCGAGAAAAAUGGCUUGGCUAUGCCUCGUUACUCUGAUUCCGCCAAGGUUGCUUAUGUCCUUCAAGGCAGUGGAGUGGCUGGAAUUGUUCUUCCAGAAAAAGAAGAAAAGGUGCUUGCAAUUAAAAAGGGUGACGCCAUUGCACUUCCUUUUGGUGUUGUCACCUGGUGGUACAACGAACAGGACACUGAACUUGUCAUCCUGUUCCUUGGUGAUACCAAAACAGCCCACAAAGCUGGUUCAUUUACCGACUUCUUUUUAACAGGGUCUAAUGGCAUCUUCUCUGGAUUCUCGACCGAGUUUGUUAGUAGGGCAUGGGACUUGGAAGAGAGUGUUGUAAAAACCCUUGUUGGACAGCAGUCGGGUAAAGGUAUUGUGAAGGUUGACACGGACUUCAAAAUGCCUGAGCCCAAGGCAGAGCACCGCAAUGGAAUGACACUAAAUUGUGAGGAAGCUCCAUUGGAUGUGGACAUUAAGAAUGGGGGAAAGGUUGUUGUUUUGAACACAAAGAAUUUGCCGUUGGUUGGUGAGGUUGGACUUGGGGCUGAUCUUGUGAGGUUGAACGGAAGUGCUAUGUGUUCUCCGGGCUUUUCUUGUGAUUCUGCUUUGCAGGUCACUUACAUUGUUAGGGGCAGUGGCCGUGCUCAGGUUGUUGGUGUUGAUGGUAAACGUGUAUUGGAAACAACGGUUAAAGCUGGGAAUCUUUUCAUUGUUCCAAGGUUCUUUGUGGUUUCAAAGAUUGCUGAUCCUGAUGGUUUGGAGUGGUUCUCUAUCAUCACAACUCCCAAUCCUGUUUUCACUCAUUUAGCUGGGAGGACUUCAGUCUGGAAGGCAUUGUCCCCCCAAGUGCUCCAGGCAUCUUUCAAUGUUUCUCCUGAUGUAGAGCAGAAAUUCAGCUCGAAGAGGAAGGCUGAAGAAAUCUUUUUCCCACCACCAAAUUGA